UACACACACACACACGCUGCAGCUGCUGCACGGCUCCUUUCUGGGUUAUGGACACGCGAGUGUGUGUGUUUAUUUUUUCAUUGGCGAGAGAGAGAGAGAGAGAGAGCAAGAGAGAGUGUGGCAUUCUGGGAAGGAAUGAGAGGAAAUGAGAGAGAGAGGAGGAUGAUGGAGGGAUAGAAGACGGAGAGAGAAGCAAUCCGUAUGUCUGAUUUUGGUCGAGGUGAGAAGACACAGUUUGAAGGCAAAGCUGCUGAAUUUUCUUUUCAUUCGAACCUGAGCCCCAGGUGGAGAUGUCGGGCGUGCCAGAUCUGAGAGAGUGUGAUGAGGUGGGUGUGUCGGUACAGGGUGACGCUGACGUGCUUUUGGAGGAAGAUGAGGAGGAGGAUGAAGAGGAGGAGGACGACACGGCGAGCAAUAAAGAGCUUUUAGAGAGACUCCGAGACCUGGAGGCGGAGAACACAUCACUAGCUCUGGCGAACGAGAGUCAGAGAGAGGCAUAUGAGCGGUGUUUAGAUGAGGUGGCGAAUCACGUAGUGCAGGCUCUGCUGAACCAGAAGGACCUGAGGGAGGAGUGUAUAAAACUGAAGAUGCGAGUGUUUGAUCUGGAGCGACAGAACCGAACUCUGACUGACUUCCUCACACACAAGCUGCACUUUUCUUCCUCACCUUUACAGCAGUUAUCGUCAGUAUCAUGUGCAGAUCACAGAUCAGAUCCAUCGCUAGUCAUCAGCGAGACGCCGGACGCCAUCACCUCUCAGGGGAAAGUGACGGACAAUGAUGAUUGUGCACAAAACAUCACAGAAAGCUCGACUCAAGCUUCAUCAUCAUCAUCCAUGGAGGCCAUGUCUCCAUUCCUCAAGAAGAAAGCACACAUCCUGGAGGUUCUUCGUAAGCUGGAGGAAUCGGAUCCCCUUAAGUUUCAUCCAUCUGCUUGCUAUCAUCAUCAUCAUCAUCAUCAUCCUCAUCCUCACACGCAGUUACCAGGAGAAGUGACUAGUAUGGUGAACCCGUGUCCACAUCAACACCAGUGUAGACAGUCCAGUUCAGAUUCGGAUCUUCACGAACACACUCAUGGUAACGCUGAAAGACAACAGGACAGUCAUGCAUCCUUAAACUCUGGAGGUUGUCCAUCAUGUCUUAUCCUGCAGCAGAGAUCAAGCUUGGAGCUGCUUAAGGGUAAUCAAGGACUCUGUGUGCCAUCAGGUUCUGGCAAAGAUGAUACAAAAGGACAAAUGUGGUCAGAAGAAUGUGGUGCUUCAGGACAGAGUACAGAAAAAAAACUAAGUAUAGACAAAACCAAUGAGCCUAGCUCAGAAGAUCCAAAGAAAGACUGCAAAAAAAGCCAAUCAAGCAAAAUAUCACCUACAAAGUCAAAAGGUACCAAUAAAUAUCACCAUGAUAAGAAAUCUGAAACUAUUCCAUCACCAAAAGGGGGGAAACUGAAGGAGUCUCUCACAUCAUCUGAGAAACAAGAACAUGAGAUUUGCAAUGGAGACUUCUCAGCGUCUAUAGAAACUACAGUCUCCAAGAAAGCAUCAAUUGGCUCGUAUUCUUCAGCCUCAUUGCCUGAGAGAAGUACUGCAGCAUUUUCACAGCAGCAGGUCGCAGAAAAAAAGUCUACGCAAAGUCCAGCGUCCUUGUUUGGUGAAUCCAAACCUUCAGCGUCAACACUCCUGAAGUUGCUCAAGAUACCUUCAGCAUCUGAGAACAUGGCAUCAACCAAUGCAUUUCGCUUGAGUACUCAACUGACACGAAACUCUAAAAUCCCAUGCAGGAAUAACUAUGAAAUGCAGACACGGAAUGCGACCGCAACAGAACAAACUUCCUGCUCUAAAACAGAUUCGUACCCUGGCACCCAUUCAGCCCCAACAUCGCCACCAAAUCCUGAGGAAACAUCAUCCAUUCCUAUCAAAGAUCCAGGGUUUAGUAGCCACUCUGCCCCUAAACCGAGCAAGGUUUCUAAAGCAGGUGCUCAGGUACCUCACUAUGAAAAUGUUGUUGGUCCUUCCACUUCCAAUUCCACUACAGCUACCAAAGACACCACAGAACUUUCUGAAAAGCAAAAAAUGAACUGGAGAGAUGAAAAGGUCCUCAAUCCACUUUCCUCAGAUUCAUCAACGAGCACAAGUGACUCAUCUUCCUCCUCAUCAGAUCAGGACACAGACACAGAAAGUCCAGUUUGGCAAAGACCUCAGAACCAUUUCAGCCUCCCAAACUCAUCAUCUUCUGUAAAUAAGGCCCAGAGGAUGAGCUACCCAAGUAUGAAAGAUGGAUAUCAUGAAAGAGGACCUCCGGUUGCACCUCCGAAAGGCGGAUCUUCUAGUGCGUCUCAGGUCGUGGUUAAAAGAAGAGACAGACAGCCAUCUAUGCAAGACAGAAGAGAAAUCAGCAGCAGCUACAGUGAGACGAGUUAUCACCCAUUCAAAGAACGUUUGGCGGUUCUUGGAAGACUGCAGAAUGUUGAAGAUAUGCAUCAACCUGGAGUAAAAAGGGGAGCACAGAGUAAUGUUAGCAGACCUGUUGCAUCCACUGGGAAAGGAGAAAGGAGCAAAACAGCAGAAAGACAAAUAGAGAGAAUCACAUUGGAACAGCGAAAACACACCGGUUCACUCGAAGGAAAAUCGUAUCCUAAAAAUAGCUUUGGCAAUUAUGCCAAGGUACACGCAUCAGCAGCAGCAGCAGAGAGGAAGUACAUCACAAAGCCAGACGGUCAAAAGACUAGAACAGGAAUGCCAUCAACAGCCUCAUGUGAAACCCUUGUAGUAAUGCGAAGCUAUGGGAAAUGUCCCAAUCCCCUGAACAAAACAGUACCAAGUCCCCAAAGCAGCCCUACCAGAGGACAAUCUAGGUCUCCAUCCAAGGCUGGAAAUGCUUCUUCUUAUCCUCGAGGAAUGAAACCAGUUCAGGAAGAACGUCUGAACCUUCAGAAGCAUCAGUCACCCAAACUCACAGCUGGGAAGAAAAAGACUUUUACACAUGUAGACACCUUCCCACCUCCCCUCCCAUCAAAAUCUGCACCUGACUCGGCGAAUUCUGUUCAAGAGAAGAAACUUUCUGUCUCCAUCGAGCAGAAGGUCAUGCGAGGAAUCCAGGAAAACAUGCUUAAACUGCAGGAACAAGAUCGAGGACAAGCUGUGGAAACAAAACAGAAAGCAUCCAACGGGAUUGCAAGUUGGUUUGGGUUGAAGAAAAGCAAGCUUCCUGCCCUUAGUCGCAAACCAGAAAUGUCCAAAAUCAAAUCGAAUACGUCUUCAUCGUCCACGUCCUCAGGAACCAAAGACAUCUCAGGGGCCAAAGGAGGAUCCAGGAAGGUAGUGGAAAGUUUAAAUAUCUCAAAGCUGAUGGAAAAGGCGGAGGAUUUACGGAAGGCUUUGGAGGAUGAAAGGGUGUACGUGAAAGGAGUCGGAAUUCCGCUUGAUCGUUCAGCAAGAGGACGCUCGUGUGAAGUUAUCGUGGACCAAACACAAGGUCAAUUAUCGCUGAUGUACACAGGUGUGACGGGUGACAGCUUCAUGCAGCAGCUGUUGAACAGGGUGGAUGACAGUGGAGCGUCCAGUUUUGGCAUCAUGCACAGGCGUCUUUCUUUCGACUCUAAAAGGUCACGUCCUGUUUUUGGCCAUCAGCAAAGCUGUGUCCGUCAAACCAGGAGCGGGGAGGAGAUCAAAUGUUCAGAAAUGACCCGAGGUGAUGACAUGACGUCUGAUGAGAGCCUGGCCGAGUCCGUCAGCUCGCAGCACUUUAAAGGCUCCAUGCGUACUCUGGACAGUGGGAUUGGGACGUUCCCACUUCCUGACUAUGCCAGCAAUGCUGCCGGAAAACUAAACCCUAAACUCCAAAGCUCGUCUGUUUCUCACCAAGCGGCGAUGAAACCUCGAAAAACACGAACCUUAGAAGGAGGACUAGCAUCUUUAGAUGAAGUGAACACUUCUGUACUCUACACUUCUCCACUAGAGGCCAAGGGAACAAGUGUGCAUCUGUCCAGCACCAUCCACGAAGACAUUGAUGUCUAUGGAGCUCAUUUUCAAGCCCCGCCCACUGCAAACUGGGCAUUUCCCAAACCAAGAGUAUCAGAAGCACAGACGGAACCACCAAGCCAGCAAACUCCAUCAAAGCGGGUGAGAAGAGAGAAAACACACUCAAACACUCCACUGUCUCAAGGUCAAACACACAAACACUCAAACACUCCACUGUCUCCAGGUCAAACACACAAACACUGAAACACUCCACUGUCUCCAGGUCAAACAAACACUCCACUGUCUCCAGGUCAAACAAACAUUCCACUGUCUCCAUGUCAAACACUCAAACACUCCACUGUCUCCAUGUCAAACACUCAAACACUCCACUGUCUCCAGCUCAAAAAUUCCACUGUCUCCAGGUCAAACACGCCACUGUCUCAAGGUCAGACACUGAGCAUGAGAUGUGUCACUAGUUCUGUAACUGAGCAUUGCUGUUAUUAAGAUUUUAUAACACGAUCAGUGAGCGCGUACUGUAAACAACACUGCAUUCCUUUCUCUAGCAGCUUUUUAUUAUUGCACUCCAUUUAAUUCUGUUUUAAUCUAAAACCUCCUCAUUCACUUCAUAAAGAGAUUUUAUUUCUCGGUACGGUUAAAUAUGCU